CUGCUCGUACGCAGGCGCAGCGGCCAUCUGACGCUGCCUCGUGACCGCCCCGCUGUAAGAAAUAGAGGUGACCUCCGAAACAGACCGAGGGAGAGAGAGCUGGACAAAGAGUAGAACAUGGCUGAAACUAUCCGAGUUCUGGUGACCGGUGCUGCUGGGCAGAUUGCCUACUCCCUGCUGUACAGCAUCGCGAAGGGAGACGUGUUUGGCAAAGAUCAGCCUCUCGCCCUCAUCCUGCUGGACAUCCCUCCCAUGCUGCCAGUGCUGGAAGGCGUCGUCAUGGAGCUGCAGGACUGUGCCCUCCCCCUUCUGAAAGAGGUCAUUCCCACGGAUAAAGAGGAAGUGGCCUUUAAGGACCUUGAUGCAGCCAUCCUGGUGGGCUCCAUGCCCAGGAAAGAGGGGAUGGAGAGGAAGGACCUGUUGAAGGCCAAUGUCGCCAUCUUUAAAUCUCAGGGAGCCGCGCUGGAGAAGUACGCAAAGAAAACUGUCAAGGUUCUAGUGGUUGGUAACCCAGCUAACACGAACUGUCUGAUCGCGGCCAAGUCAGCCCCCUCCAUCCCCAAAGAGAACUUCUCCUGCCUGACCCGCCUGGACCACAACCGCGCUCGCUCACAGGUGGCGAUGCGCUGUGGCAUUCCAGCAGAUAACGUAAAGAACGUGAUCAUCUGGGGAAAUCACUCAUCCACCCAGUACCCCGACGUCCACCACUGCACGGUCAACGUGCAGGGCAAGGACGUGGCCGCCUUCGACAUGGUGAAGGAUGAUGAUUGGCUGAAAGGAGACUUCAUCUCUACGGUGCAGCAGCGUGGAGCAGCAGUCAUUAAGGCCCGGAAGCUGUCCAGCGCCAUGUCUGCAGCCAAGGCCAUCUGUGACCACAUGAGGGACAUCUGGACAGGCACUCCUGAGGGUGAGUUUAUCUCCAUGGGUGUCUACUCCUCUGGGAACUUGUACGGCGUUCCUGAUGACCUCAUCUACUCUUUCCCCGUCACCAUUAAGGAUAAAACCUGGAAGAUUGUAGAUGGUCUGGCCAUCAAUGACUUCUCCAGAGCCAAGAUGGACGCAACGGCAGCUGAACUGGUGGAGGAGAGGGACACCGCUAUCUCUUUCCUGGGGGUUUGACUAGAGCCACAGAGGAACCCAAAACUCCACCCAGACGCUCCAGAACCUCCAGACGCACGUCUGUGAGAGACGCCCCCCUUCCAAAACCCAAAAGCACUCCGCUGUCCUCUUGCUGUCCGUUUGUUUCUCAAACUCCUUUUUCUUCAAGCUUGUAGUCCACAGCUGAACUGGGUGGUUCUAGAAUCAACUUAAUGUAGAAGUAUACAACUCUCUACCCAUCAUACUACACAUUCAUCCACCUCCUCACUGUUUCCCAGGUAGUGUGAGCCACUGAUGAUUUAAGGAUGGUCAGAGGAUGUUGGGUAGAGCAUCAUUUGGAGAACUGAAACACUUGUGUAUGGUGUGUCUGGGGUGUAUUUCACAAACAUUGGGAUUUCUGACUAAGCUGGCUGGAAUUGUGGAGAUUUGUCAAAUUUGCUGCAUAUUUUAAUGGCUCAGAUAUAAACAUUCAGAGUGGUUUGGUGUGAAAUGGUUGAUUGUAGAGAUUUCUUUACAUUGGUGGUGAUGGGAACCAGGAGUCGCCAUGAUCACAACACAAAUAUAGACGUUUUAUUUACUAUCCAAAACCACCAGUGAACCGACACGUGUCUUCUGAGCUUUAUGUACAGUGUUGAUGCUUGUAAUUUUUGAGGACUAUUUUGCCUGCAUGUAUCUUUUCACCCUCUGUAAAACAAUGAAUGCAGCUACCUGGACUUAAUGUCCAGUCUAAUUAGAUUUUGCCAGUAAUUUGAUCACGUUUUCAUGCACUUCAGUAAUCAGAUAAUCUGAAAACUCUGCAUUUAAAUGAGUCAGACAGUAAUCAAGUCAGUUUACCUGAAAAUAUGAACAUGCAUCAUCUAGCAGAUGAAGAAUAUUUUAAUCUUUCAUAAAGCAUGUAGUUGGUUUCAGCCUCAUUCCAAAAGUGGUUUGCUGUGUCUCACAGCGACACUGCUUGCUUAUUUUCAGUACCGUAGUCUGUUUUUACACAUGCGCAGACUGAGAAAUCUGAAAGAAAUCAGACAUCUAAACUAAGAAAUCUGAUAACUGAGCUAAAAUUCAGCUAUUUAUCAGAUUUCUUAACCGUACUCUGAUCAUUUGAAUAAUCAGAUAACUGCAGAAGUUAUUGAAUGCAUGUAAACGCCCUCAGUGUCGCAAAAACACUUCAGAUGUUUGGUUCCGAUCACCACCACUGUGAACAGUCCGACUCAUUAAGUUUCUCUGGAACAGAGAAUUUCACACCAAACCACUCUGAAUGACUUCUCAACCAUUUAAUUAUGCAGAGGUUCUGAGAAAUCUGGAAUUCUCCUGUAUGCCAACAUGUUUCUAUAGGAUUGUCCAAUAGGAAUGAACAUCUCCUGCUGGUGUCUGAAACUCCAACAGGAAUUCUAGAACGCAUGGCUGUGGAGAACAAGCUCUUAUUUGCUUCCUCCCCUGGCCUCAUAUGUAUGACGGCAAACACAAUAAAGUGCUGAUCUAGGAUUAUGGGAGAGCUGACCUUAGACCAGCAUUAUACACCGUUAUAUGUACAGGACAUUGGUUGUCUACAUGAGCACAAAUGUCUGUAUGGGCUGGAUAGGAGAAGGCAGACUGACCACAGUAGCUCCUUCUCCUGUAACAUCUGAUACAGAAUCUAUAGACAUGAGAAGAGAGCCAAGGAGAGGAAGCACACUCAACGCAUAGGAAUAGGUCAAAAUAUGGUCAGUAGGUUUCAUAUUUAUGUUGUUGUCAUUGUCAAGCCUUCAAAUGAGCUGUUACACGUUCAACAGGAAGUUCAAACCGAGUAGGAAUGUCUUCAUAUACAUGAAACUACCCCAACGUUGCACUAGUUGUAAAACUGUAAAAUGACUGUGAUGUUCAGUUACUGUACGAGUCCUACAAUCAAUCAAGUCUUGGAAAUGCACUCUACUCAUGGACUGAAACGGUUCAGUUUUGUCUUUUGUCUGUUACUGGAGAGCCUACCGCUGCAUUCAUUGAGGACACAUUUAUAUUAGUUCUGAAUUGUUGUGUAUCUGCACAGUGAAUAAAAAAGAACCUUAGUGACGUG